UUGCCAAAAAAAAAAUCAUCGAAAGCAUCGCAAGUGAGUUAUCUCGAGAUUCUGCACAAAUUGUGUUGUGAUGUCACCCUUUCAAAGCAGAAUUAUUUUUUUAAUUGAAACGAACCAAAACCAGUCUCCCUACAGCUGCUGCUUCAAUCCAUGCACGGUAAGCGAAAAGUCGAUUUAAUAAAUAUAUCGAGGGUUUAGAGCUUCUAGAUUCUUGAGGUUGAGACAAGAUUUUUGCAGCCUUUUAAAGAAAUUAUUUGUUGCUAGCGAAAAUUUGUUUUCAGGGUUAAAUAUUGUUCAUAAACGUGGUUAACGCAUCUUGACGUAACAAAUCCAAACAAUAAAUAAUCUUUGACAGCAAAUAAGUUAUGUAUAAGCAUACAAAUUUUGAAUUCGAACGUGUGUGUCCACAUUUGAUGCCGAUUCGUUGAACGAAGCUAUAAAGGUAUUUAUUUCCAGGGUUUGAACCCUAAGUCACAGGUUCGAAUCUCGAUAUGGCUGAAGAAUUUAGGGAAGAAAAAACCAAGGAUUUGCCCUCAACACCUACUACUCCGCUGGAUCGGCCUGUUAGAGAAAAGAAGCCUGUAAAAACCUUUGAUCCUUCCAUCAUUAGGGAUAGCCCCAGAGAAUUCAUCAUUGAACAAGGCAAAGGCACACAGCUUAAGAACAUUCCAAAUGUGGCGUAUAAACUAUCCAAGCUCACAAGAGGUGAUGAAAUGCUGGAAAUCAUUCACAAUCUUCUUUAUGGAAGGCGUGGAAAGGCUUGUCAUUUUAAGAGGGAUGUUUUGCAGUUUUCAGGGUUUGUUUGGGGUGAAGAAGAGGAGAAUAAACUCAAGGGAAAAUUGAAAUUGAAGGACAAGCUCCAGAAGAUGAAGAAAGAUGAUUUGUGGAGUGUAUGUGAUUUAAUGGAUCUUGGUGUGCCUAAGUAUGGUAAGAAGGAAGAGAUGGUGUUUAAUCUUGUUGAAUUUUUCGAGGUUCCUGGGGAGAUGGAGGAAGUGAAAGGGAAAAAUGGCAAAAUAAAAACUUGUAAGAGAUGGAAGAAAAGUGAUGGCAAGAAUGAAGAGAUUGAAGGGAUUCAAAAAGGAGAUGAAGAUGAAGAAGAUGAUGAAGAAAUUGAAAUUCAGGAUACUGAAUCAAAUUUGAAUAUGAUCAAAGGGAGAAAGGUUGAGGCAAAAAGUUGUACUAUGAGAAGAAAGAAAAAUGAGUGUGAGGAUGAAGAGAAUAGAAGGAUUCAAGAAGAAGAAGAUGUUGAUGAAAUGGAAGUUGAAGAACAGAAUGCAGAAGGGAAAAAUGUUGAAGUGGAAACUCUUAUUAAGAGAAUCAAUAAAAAUGUUGGUUUUGAUAAAAGAGACGAUGAAGAAAAGGAAGGGAAGGAGGAGAUUGUGAAAACAGGCAAAGAAUCCAACCUCAUGGAUUCCUCUUGGUGUCCUCCAACAAAAGAAAUUAUUCAAAAGGUUAGGGAUGAUAUUUUAGAAGAGGAAGAAGGAAAUACUAUGGAUGAAAGAAAUGAAUCAAGCAAAACAAAAUCAGAAUCAGAAUAUCCUUCAAAUCUUGAAAUAAAAUUAUCCAUUUGUAAGGUUCUUGAGAAUACUAAUUUUGAGAAUGAAAAGCUUAGAGAUGUUAUGGUAGGAGUCUGCAAGCAUUUUAAUAUGGAGCAUAAUAAAAGCAGGGAGAAUUAUUUAGGGUGUUUUCUUAUAAAUAUAUUGGAAAGGAUUGUAGAUAAACAAGAGGAGGAAGAGGGAAAGGAAGAUGAUGAAAAUGAUAUAGUGGAAAGUGUUAAAAAUUGUGAAGAUGCUUGA